CGCGAAAACAGGCCCAUUUUGGCUGAAUGGGGGGGGGGGGGACCGCCGGGUCGAGGUGUUCGUGAGAUGGCGGUUGGUGGGGUUUGGCUGGAGGGGUUCAGGUGGUGCUGAACUGACCUCAACUCGGUUCAAGGCGAAGCUUCCGAGUGGCCAGCUGGUGGCUCGAACUUCGGACAGCUACAAGCUGUGCUGUGGCGACACAGGCCUGUUGCGACGAUCACCGUGGCACGCGUGGCCGGGGGUGGGCUUCGCUUCCGGGUUCGUCAGGUGAGUUGACAGGCGUGUUAUGCUUCUUCGCUUCGCCAACGAUGCUGAGAGGGCGAGAGAAAGAUCGGAGGUGAACGACGAUUCGAACCAGCAGCAGCAGCAGCAGCAGCAACGGUAGCAGCAGUAGUAGGAACAGCAAUAGG